AUGGUCGGCCUCGGUCCUCGUCGUCCUCCCUCCCGAAAGGGAUCCAUGGCCGAUGUUCCUAAGGACCUCGCCGAGGAGAUUCAAAAGCUCGAGAAGCACUUCACCGUAGAGCCCGCAAAGCUCAAGGAGAUCACUAACCACUUCAUCUCUGAACUCGCCAAGGGACUCACUGUUGAGGGUGGUAGCAUCCCCAUGAACCCUACCUGGGUUAUGUCAUACCCCGAUGGCUAUGAGACCGGAACCUACCUAGCCCUGGAUAUGGGCGGCACAAACCUACGAGUCUGCCAAAUCACCCUCACAGACGAGAAGUCCGAGUUCGACAUCAUCCAAUCCAAGUACCGCAUGCCCGAGGAGCUUAAGUCCGGCACCUCUGAAGAGCUUUGGGAAUACAUUGCCGAGUGUCUCUACCAGUUCCUCGAGACUCAUCAUGGAGACUGCACCAAGCUGGAGAAGAUCCCCCUCGGUUUCACAUUUUCGUACCCUGCCACUCAAAACUACAUCGACGAGGGUAUUCUUCAACGAUGGACCAAGGGCUUCGACAUCGAUGGUGUUGAGGGCGAGAACAUUGUUCCUAUGUUUGAGGAGGCUCUCAAGGCUCGCGGCGUUCCUAUUAAGCUUGCAGCUAUCAUUAAUGAUACUACUGGUACAUUGAUUGCUUCCGCUUACACAGACACCGCUAUGAAGAUCGGCUGCAUCUUCGGCACAGGAUGUAACGCCGCAUACAUGGAGGACUGCGGCUCCAUCCCCAAAAUUGCCGACCUGAACUUGCCUGCUGACCUUCCCAUGGCCAUCAACUGCGAGUGGGGAGCUUUCGACAACGAGCACAAGGUGCUUCCUCGAACUCCCUACGACGUCAUCAUUGAUAAGGAGUCUCCUCGCCCUGGCCAGCAGGCUUUCGAGAAGAUGAUUGCUGGUCUCUACCUGGGUGAGAUCUUCCGACUCAUCCUUGUCGAUCUUCACGACAACAAGAACAUCCACAUCUUUGAGAACCAGGAUAUUGCUCUGCUCCGCAAGCCUUACUCCCUGGAUGCCUCUUUCCUGUCUGCCAUUGAGGAGGACCCUUGGGAGAACUUGCAAGAGACAUACGACCUCUUCAGCAAGAAGUUGAACUUGACCUGCACACGCCCCGAGCUCGAGCUCAUCCGCAGAACCGCCGAGCUCAUUGGCACACGAGCUGCUAGACUCUCGGCUUGCGGUGUUGCUGCUAUCUGCAAGAAGAAGGGCUACGAAUCUUGCCACGUCGGUGCUGAUGGCUCUGUGUUCAACAAGUACCCCUACUUCAAGGAGCGAGGUGCCAAGGCCCUGCGAGAGAUCCUUGACUGGCCGGAGAAGAAGAGUAAGAAGGAAGAGGAUCCUAUCGAGGUCCUCACUGCCGAAGACGGCAGCGGUGUUGGUGCCGCCCUGAUUGCCGCCCUGACGCUUAAGCGAAUUAACGAGGGCAACAUGGCUGGUAUUCUUCAUCCUGAGAACUUCAAAUAA